GGAAUAACGCGAGGACAUGGCAGCCAUCUUCAAGCAGAAGACCGAUACGGGCACGAAUCGCUGGCGCAACGCACACGACGGCGCGCGCUGUGGCAGAAGUACGGACGCCCGAUGCAUUUUGUGAGCCUGGAGUUCGCGAACGCUCGCAAAGAUCAGGAGCUAGCGCAGCUUCGGCUGAAAGAACUGGAGGAGCUCGAAUCGACGACGGACGAGGAGAAGGUGAAAACAGACAGCAAGCCCCGGAGCCC